AAUAAAUAAAGGUACUAGAAUUUUCAACGUGGUGUGCAUGCGUCAGCGCAUGCGUCCAUCUCCCGGUCACAUUUAUUGUAUUUCUCGUCUCAUCUUCCUUCCAAUUUUUCACCCCUUUAUUGUUUUCGUCUGCUCCGUAGCUUCAUUUCGGACCCUAAGAUUACAUAUGCACACUCCAUCAAGCAUGAUCAACAUCUCUGUUACAUGGAGGGGAAAGAAGUUUGUUGUAGACAUGAAUUCAGAUGCCACUGUGAAGGAUCUAGGGGAGGAAUUGCAAAAAUUAACGGAUAUCAAAGAAGAUACCAUGAAGCUUAUUGUUCCACAGAUUGCCGGCAAAACAUCGAAACUGCUGGCUCCCUUUUCAACAGAACAUGCACUUUUAUGUUUGCAGGAAACUUCCAUUACCGAGGCCAGGUCAAUUAUGAUGAUGGGUGUGUCAACAAAUGAGGUUGAAGAAGUUCUGAAAAAUGCAGAAGCGAAUUUAAGAAUAGCGGGAUUUGAGGAGGAGGAAAAGAGACUGAAACAGAAAAUUUCACAUGGACCUCGUGUUUCAUUGAAACUUCCACAAGGGCCUUAUAUAUUUUGUGAAUUUCGCACUCUAGAAAUUCCUGGAGUGAAGUUGAAUCCUCCUCCUUCUGAGGCCCUGAAAAGAAUGCACAUGCUUGCUGCAGAUCCUGGAAUUGUUGCUGUCAUGAACAAGCAUCGUUGGCGUGUGGGAAUCAUGACUGAGAUGGCUCCCAUUGGUUAUGUUGGUGUGAGCCCAAAAUGCAUUCUGGGUUUUAACAAGAAUCAUGGAGAGGAAAUAUCAUUGCGACUUCGAACCGAUGACCUCAAAGGUUUCAGAAAAUACGAAAGCAUUAAGAAAACUCUACUGCAUGAACUUGCUCACAUGAUACACUCCGAACAUGAUGCAAACUUUUAUGCUCUGGAUAAGCAGUUAAAUCAAGAAGCUGCUAGUUUAGAUUGGACUAGAUCUGCCGGCCACACUCUGAGUGGAAUGAGGAGUUCUGAAAUCUAUGAAGAUGAUUUUAUAGAAGACAGUAGCAAUAUUCCACAGAAGCUUGGAGGUAGUAGGUCAGAUCAGCUAAUGAAUGCUCGUGAAUCUUCAGUUAUUGCUGCUUACCAUAGGAUGGCUAAUGUUUCCACCAGCAAUUCGGGAGAGUCUGAAGUAAAUGAAGAGUUGGGUCCCGAUCAUACGGAAUCUUCCUCUGAAGAAAACAAAUACACUGAAACACCCAUCAUUGUUGACAAAGGACUUAAUGAGCCUGAUCCUGAUGAUCGUAUUGAAAAUGGAAUGAAACAUGAACCUGAUCCAGAUGAUUCUUAUCAUGAACCUUCACAUUCUCAGACAAGUACAGUGAAUAUGGAUGCAACAUAUCUUAAUGCAAAUGAUUCAGAAACAUCUUUGAAGUCUAUUACUCCAGCUAUUGCCGUGUUUAUAAAAGAACCUGCUCAUGAUGAAUUUGAUGCAGAAAUGAAUAUGACUGAAGAACCUGAUCCUGAUGAUUGCAUGGUUCCCACACCGAUAUUAUCUACAUUGCAGACUGGUGAGCCAGAUCCCGAUGACCAAGAACUCCAGCGGAUAAAUGGUGCUAUGACUGCUGUUUGUAGCCGAUUGCAGAAGGCCUUGGAGAUGCUGAAAAGUGAAGUUAAUCCAAUGCAAGGCACUUCAACUCUCCAAACUCUGUUGAAAAUAAUUAGGAAUGCGAUUGAACAUCCUGAAAUGGAAAAAUACAAGAGAUUGCGGAAGGCUAAUCCUGUCAUUGAGAGGAAUAUCCUAAAUAAUAAAGCUGCCUUGGAAAUUCUUUCGGUGGUUGGCUUCAGAGAAGAUGUUAUAGUUGACAAUCUUGGGAAGGCAGAUGCAUACUUGGUGCUGAAGCGGAACGAUCCCGGCUUAUUGUGGCUAGCUAAGUCAACCCUUGAGUCAAGCAGCGCUUGCUAGCUCUAAAAACAAUUCUUAAAGACAAAACAAAGUGGCAUGUAGAAGUGUACUAUAUGAAAGACAUGAUUUAUGUGUAAAUGAGUUAAAAUUGUCAUUUUAUAUUGUUUAUGUGUCAAAUAUAGUGUGAUAUAUUCAACACAUAGAAAUUAGGGGGAAAGAAAAAGGACUAGAUAUUGGAUAUAGAAACUUGGUAGCAUAUCAAAUGGUAGUUGGUCUUGUUCGUUGUGCAGUGUGAUAUGUCAUUCUGUUGAAUUUUGGUGAUUAUUGGUGCUAUUAGCGAUUGACUGCAAAUGGGAGUUUACCAUUCA